AUGGCCGACAAGCUCCGCACAAUCCAGAACCUGGAGGCCCUCCAGUCCCGUUACAUUGGUACUGGGCAUGCCGAUACCACCAAGUACGAAUGGACCUCCAACAUCCUCCGUGACAGCUACUCCUCCUACGUCGGCCACCCUCCACUGCUUUCCUACAUGUCUGUCGGCAUGGGUGAGCCAAAGGAGAUUGUACGCGCAGCAAUGCUUGAGAAAAUGGCGCGAGGCGCCGGUAAUCCGCCUGUGGUAUGUUUCGCAUUCAGUAUCUGCACACCGAAAGAGCUGUAA